AUGCCGCCGCAAAGCAGAGGCACGCCGCUCAAACCACCGCCCGUCCCCGCCGGCUUCCAGUCCAAAUCCACCCCGAACCUCCCGACCCUGCGAUCGUUGAAUACGGAUCGCACUCCAGCAAACGUAACGGCGAAUGCCACGCCAGCCACGUUGCACCCCGAUAGCGCCAUCACCAUCUCCCCAGACAUCUCCGGCGACAAUAUAACCUCGCCAUCUGAGCCUGCUUCGAUCGAAGACUUCUCGCUGGACGGCACCCACGAACGGCCCUCGCUAUCACCAGGCUCAUCAGACGAGGAGGACUCGGGCGAGGAAGAAGACGGACACGUUCCCAAUCUACCGCCUCGUCCCAUAUACCAUCACCACUCACGAAGUCAUACCUAUCUCGGUCCGUCGGCAUUUGCGCCGCCAUUUUACAACAGACCACCCACGCCUCUUCCUCCAUCACCAUCUUUGACUUCCUUGCUACGGCCCAACUUCAGCUCGCAAAACAGCAGGCCGACUACACCAGAUCCAUCGAGUGAUGAGGGAACACCGCACAUGCGAGGAGAUGCUACAGGUACACAGACACCCAAUUCUGCCGCGGCGUCUACGUUGACCAGCACCUUUCGCUCUGCGAAGCCCAUUCCACGAGCCAGCCCCAAAGUGCCGACCUAUGAAUACUACGGAUUCACACUAUAUCUGACUAGCAGUCUGGCCUUCAUCGUGUACCUCCUGUGGUCAUUCCUACCUUCGCCAUUCCUCCACCAGCUUGGAAUCUACUAUUAUCCAAACCGAUGGUGGGCACUGGCAAUUCCAGCGUGGACCGUGAUGUUUGUGAUAUACAUAUACGUCGCUUUAGCGUCGUACAACGUCGGCUACCUCACACUGCCUCUCAAGAACGUGGAAUGCUUGGUCGACGAAGCUGCAAAUGUUGCUGUGGUUGAUGCGAGUGGUAAAAUCGUUCGUCAGGAGCCGUCGAGUUGGCUCAGCCAGACUGCGGGUGCUGCAAAGGCCAAGGGCAGUGUUGGGAAAAAGGGGGGCAAAGGCAAGAAUGGAGGACAUAGCAGGCAGUCCAGCCUGACGAAAGUGCAGACUCAUACCGAGCUGGAUUGGAAGAGUCUCUGGAAUGAGGGAACCGACGCGGUGAUGGAUAUACCGGUUGGCGGUGUCUGUCAGAUACUGUAUGGUGGAUAUGACGAUGACGAUGAUACCCUGUACGAAAACGAAUGA